AUAAACCAUAAGAAAAGAUCAAACAAUAUUAUGACUGUUUUUGGUGGAAUAACGAGAAUUUGAAAAGUAGUUUUGUACAUUAUACAUCGUGUGAGAUCGGGAUUUCUACUAAAGGAUGUUGAUGUGUAUUUUUUAAGUUAAAAAUAAUAACGAAAAAAACGUCGAAUUUUGCAACUAAAGUUGUUUGUUCAUGUGUUAGGGGUAUUUAUAUAACACCACUAGUUUUAGAAGAUGUGUGGAUUAUACCAGAACUCUUAGUUUCUUUGCAGUUAAUACGUUAUUUCAGGUAGUCACUGCUUGUUAGAUUUCCCCGUGGAAUUGGAGAAUACAACUAAAAGUAAAAUUUCCAAAUAAUCGAGACAGUAUAACGACAUAUUGUAAAUCUAUGCGUAUUCAAAGAGCAAAAGACGUAACAAACUGCAAAUUGGGUCAAUAUUUUUUACGUUAUUCAAGGAUUGCUGUAGAGGAUUAAUUGUGUCAUUUCUCCAUAUGUUCCUUAACAUGACGGAGGCGGAUUGUCUUCAUGACGGCGUACGAGAUGUCUUGAAGGUUCUGCAUGACAACAUAACAUUCAAUGCUAGUCACUGUCCACAAGUCUUGCAACCUAAGUUGUUAACACAUAGCCAGUAUUUUUACUCGUACUUCACGCCUGUUAUUUUGUUGGUAGGACUUACUGGAAACAUAUUGUCGUUGCGUGUGUUUUUAUCCAAGAAUAUGCGUAAGCUAUCCGCUAGUACGUAUCUAGCAGCGCUGUCGACGUCAGAUAUUCUCGCACUUAUUUUUUAUGUGUUCGUUGAUUGGUUAAAAAGAGGAUUACCGGCAUUUAACGCCGACUUUAAAGUGAUGUUUUUGGAAACAGACGUUGUGUGUCAGGCGAUUUUGUAUCUCUCAUACCUCAGUAGGUUUCUCUCUGCUUGGUUUAUUGUAAGUUUUACAGCGGAGAGAUACAUCGGUGUGUGUUUACCGUUAAGACGGAAGGAUAUUUGUGGAAAACGGUUUUCCCAAAAGAUAAUUUGUACGUUAGUGGUUUGUUCAGGGUGUAUUAUGAUGUAUAAACCUUUAUUAAGUGGUGUAUAUGAAAUAAACCACACUAAAGUUAAAAUGUGCACGCGUGAUCCAGAGUUAUCCUUUCCUGUCUUUAUAUUAGACAGCAUAUUUGCUGUUAUGAUAACUUUUAUUCCAUUUAUUAUAAUAACCGUGUUAAACACUUUAAUUAUGAGAAAACUUUUCUUGAGAAAUAAAAAACAUCGUUCUAUUAAAAUUAUCACUGAAGAAAGCAUCAUAAAGUUAGAAUUUACUAUUAUUUUACUUGUCAUAUCCUUUGUUUUUAUUGCCUUAAAUUUACCUUUCUUCUGUGUGUGGUGUAAACAGUUUCUACUUUCAAUUUCAGCUAGUAUGAAUAAACAUGCGCAUGACUUUGAUAAUAUGCAAGGAUUGCUUCUAAUAACUCGGGUAAUAUUUUAUCUCAAUUAUUGCAUCAACUUUUUUCUCUAUAGCAUCACCGGUGCAUAUUUCCGUAAGGAACUCAAAAUUCUAUUUUUCUACAAAUCACCGGAUGUAAAAGAUUAUCGACGUUGUUCCCACUACACGACCACGCCCAAUUCUUGGGUAUGACUAAAAAUCUGCUGCUUGAAAGAUAUUUUCGUCCUGAAAAAAACAUCUGAUGAAUAUCAGAUGCAAAUACAAACUGUCUGACAAUAUUCAUUAUAUCAGAUGCAGGUAUAAAUGUUCUGACAAUAGUCUUAAAGCAGCAGAUGAAAACUGAAAAUGACCAAUCAAGACGUACAGAAGGGAGAAGAUUUCCCAGAAAGCAGCGUUUCUGCCUAUUCUUCAUCGACUUCCAACAUUCAAGGACUUUUUUAAGUGCACAUCAACGAGUACACGGGUGGACCGGGUUUUGUUUUUGCCCUGCACCAUUGACAAGCAAGAACUUUCUCGGCCAACACCGAGACAUCACCACACCCACUUAGCCACAGCGGCUUCCGGAUGCAACUUGAUAACUUUCCAAUGACAAUGCUAUCUCUCCGUACUUAGCUAACUCGUUAUUCGGUCGUUGAAAGUGAAUAAUUUUGUGAUAAUAUAUUAGCUAUUUUAUAGACUUGUCACUGGAAUCGACAGUUGGUGUAUACAUUUCAAGUUGGAUAAUAUUCCAAUCGAUGAACAGUACAGUGUACAACCAGGGCCUUAUAAGGUGUUUUAUCCGUGGACAAUUUAGAGCACAGUUAGCCCCAUUUUCUAUCAAUGGAGGGAAGUAACAUAAACAUUCCACAUUCCAAAUGACGUAUAUCCAAUCUUUUACACAAGUGAUAAAACUAAGUGGGGUGACCGAAUAGAUCUAUUUUUAUGGAAAACAAGUAGCUUAAAUAUUACCAUGUGAUAUAAGUUUUAUGGAACAAGCUGUGCGAUUUUUUGUGCGCAUAUUUAUAAAAUAUUAUUUCUAAAAUAUUCCAAUGAUUCAAAUGUAAGUUAACAACGUGUAAUACUGUAACCAUAGAUAACUAUUCAAUCUUUCGUGCAUUUUGUAUAAAGAUAUGGCACGGAUUGGAGUUUUGUUUUACAGAAAAUUUUAUUUUGCUAGAACUUCUGUUUGAUCCUAUCAUUCUAACUGCUAUAUAUAUAUUUGUGAAAGUGCAGCUCUCAAUAUUUUGACCCCAUUGUUGACUUCAAACAGUUUAGAUAAAACUGUUUAGACUAUGGUGUAUUUCACCCUUUUCUGCACCAACCGAGAUAAUAAAAAUGGACAUGCAGUAUGCUAUCAGGACAAAUUUGCCCGGACAGCGACGCGACAUGAAAUGAAAUGAGGUUUAACGUCCUACUGUUAUGCUAAUACAGUGUACUAUGGAGGAGAUUUUGCCCGGGCAGUGGCACUACGUCCUACUCUUAUAUCGAAUUCCAACUGUCAAGGGGUCUUUUACAUGCACGCCAAUACGAGACUUCGUUUUUCGUCCCAUCCAAAGGACUAUACGUUGUUCAUUGCCAAACCCUCCGUCCUGUACCACUGUCAAGGAGGUACCACGCCGGAAAUUCCUGACCAACGCAGCGGUCAAACAUGGGACCUCCAGGUAAGCGAGCCAACGUCUUACUCACUGAGCCACUGUGGCUUCCAAGGGAUCUUUGACGAUUUAACCCGUACCUCGGCUGUUCAUAACGUCCGAACGACUAGACGCCAUUCUUUUCUUUGACAUACCCUACAUCAUAUUCUUAAACAUCAUAUCCCUCGAAACACCAAUCUCUCUGUGUAGUACCAUUCACUAAAAAAAUUGACUUUUAUUGUGUUGUAUGUUUUUACAAGAAGAGUUCCAGUUCUACGAAACAUGGGUCGUCCUCCACUCCCAAACACACAUUUCUUUGUUGGAUAUGACAUUCCACAGACUGUUUAGAUUUACAGUGAACGCACAAAUAACUUAUUACAGUAGUGGGUAGCUAGGUAACGCCAUAACGUCUUGCUGUUAUAAUUUGACAUCAAAUCAGCUUUUUACGGUGGCUUGUUAUUGCCAUACGUUGAUUUAUACCCUUUUCUUGUAAUUUACUUCAUAUUUUCUUGUAAUUUACCUCAUAUGAGAAAUCGCAAUGAAAACUAUGAUAAAUUAUCCCCCCCCCCCCAAAACAAAAACAAACCAAAAACAAACAAAAAAACCAUCAAAAGCCUUUUUCCCGCGGUGUUAACCUUCUCUCGGCGGUGUAAACCUUUUCUCCGUGGUGUAAACCUUUUCUCCGCUGUAUAAAGUUUUCUCAGCAGUGUAAACCUUUUCUCCGCCGUGUGAACCUUUUCUCUGCAGUAUAAACCUUUUUUUCCGCAGUGUAGAACAUUUCUCCACGGUGUAGACAUUUUCUCCGCGGUAUGAAGUUUUGUCCACGGCUUUAACCUUUUCUCCGCCGUAAACCUUUUCUCCGCUGUGUAAACAUUUUUCCGCGGUAUGAAUCUUUUGUCCGCGGUAUGAACCUUUUGUCCGCGGUGUAAACCUUUUCUCCGCGGUAUAAGUGUAGACCUUUUUUCCGCGGUGUAAAUCUUUUCUCCACGGUGUAAACCUUUUCCCCACGGUAUAUACCUUUUCUCCCCGCUGUGUAAACGUUUUCUCCGCACUGGAAACGUAUUCUCCGCGGUUUAAGCGUUUUCUCCGGGAUGUAAACGUUUUCUCCGUGGUUUGAACGUUUUCUCCGCGGUUUAAACCUUUUCUCCACUGUUGGGGAGGGAUCGACGGCGGAAUGGUUAGCGCGUGCGCGCUGUAUCAUAAGGUCUGUCAUUGAGUCAACUGGAGUGGUUUAGAUUCCCCUGUUAUACGUGACAAGGAGAAGGGUCGUCUGUCCAGCAUCGUGAGUUUUCUCCGGGUCCGCCGGUUUCCCCCUACAGCUAAAGACCCCCACGCGCAAGCGAAUUACUAGAAUAAAAUUGAAACAUGUUAGUCCCGACAUGGCCUAGUUUGUGUUGAGUGGACGUUAAACCGCAUUCCCCCCCCCCCCAUCUCUCUCUCUCUUCGCGGUCGUGAAUCACAUGAUGUGUUGCGGAGAAAGAGCUUCCACAGCACAGAAAGGGUUUCUACCGCGGAGAAAAGGUUUCCAGCGCGCAGAAAGGGUUUCCAGCGCGGAGAAAAGAUUUACACUGCGAAGAACAUGUUAACACCACAGAGAAAACUUUAUACCGCGGAGAAAAGGUUUACAUCCCGGAGAAAAGGUUUCCUCCACUGAGAAAAGGUUUCCUCCACUGAGAGAAGGUUUCCUCCACUUAGAAAAGGUUGAGAAAAGGUUUACACCGCCGAGAAAGGGGUUUUCAUGUUUUUUUGAUUUAUCAUAGUUUUCACUGAGAUUUCUGAUAUGGGGUAAAUUACAAGAAAAAGGUAUAAAUCAACGCAUACCACUAAAAGGCCACCUUAGCUUUCAAAUACAUUUCAUAUUUUGUUCAUUAUUAACGUAAUAUAUAUAAAUAUUUAUCAUAUAUAGCAAAUUUGGUGAAAUCUUUCUACGUUAGCAAUAGAAUAUUCAAACUAUAUUAUCGAAUGGCUUAAGAAGCAAUAAAUCAAAUAACAAUUCAAGCACAGUCGAUCCCAACUAGUGUUCAAAUAUAAAUUUAGUCUUUUACAAGUAUUGCCGUUAUAAAGUCUUGAUCAAAGCAUGCGUUAUGACAUUGUUAUUAUCUAUGUAUAUUUGUAUUAUGCUAUUAUAUAUUGUUUUUAUCUACGUAUAUUUGUUAUGAUAUUGUUGUUAUUAUGUAUAUUUGUUUUAUGGUAUUGCUGUUUUAAAG